CCCGCAGGGAAGCAAGAACAGCAAAGGCGUGGGCCAAGGCGCCUGCGAGCUCCUUGCAAGCGAGCGCGCUGGGAGGGGCGCCGACGGGAGCGCGCGCAUCGCAAGAUGGCGGCGGCCAUGCGAGGCCCAGGUUCCGUGUGUGCGCAACGGGUAGCGGCGCGACCCGGGCCGCAGACGCGGCAGCAGCACUAGUCUAGUCCUUGGACCCCCCUCACGGUCAUCCCCGCUGCCUCUUCGCCCGAGAUGGAUCUGCCUGUGGGCGCCGGCGCGGCGGGGCCCAGCAACGUCCCAGCCUUCCUGACCAAGCUGUGGACCCUCGUGAGCGAUCCGGACACCGACGCGCUCAUCUGCUGGAGCCCGAGCGGGAACAGUUUCCACGUGUUCGACCAGGGCCAGUUUGCCAAGGAAGUGCUGCCCAAGUACUUCAAGCACAACAACAUGGCCAGCUUCGUGCGGCAGCUCAACAUGUAUGGCUUCCGGAAAGUGGUCCACAUUGAGCAGGGUGGCCUGGUCAAGCCGGAAAGGGAUGACACUGAGUUCCAGCACCCGUGCUUCCUGCGUGGUCAGGAGCAGCUCCUGGAGAACAUCAAGCGGAAAGUGACAAGCGUAUCUACCUUGAAGAGUGAAGACAUAAAGAUCCACCAGGACAGUGUCACCAAGCUGUUGACAGAUGUGCAGCUGAUGAAGGGGAAACAAGAGUGUAUGGACUCCAAGCUCCUAGCCAUGAAGCAUGAGAAUGAGGCCCUGUGGCGGGAGGUGGCCAGCCUGCGGCAAAAGCAUGCCCAGCAGCAGAAAGUCGUCAACAAGCUCAUUCAGUUUCUGAUCUCGCUGGUGCAAUCAAACCGGAUCCUGGGAGUGAAGAGAAAGAUCCCCCUGAUGUUGAGCGACAGUAGUUCAGCACACUCUGUGCCCAAGUACGCCCGACAGUACUCCCUGGAACGUGUCCAUGGCCCAGGCUCAUACUCGGCUUCAUCACCGGCCUACAGCGGCUCCAGCCUCUAUGCCCCAGACCCUGUCACCAGCUCGGGACCCAUAAUCUCUGACAUCACAGAGCUGGCUCCCACCAGCCCCCUGGCCUCCUCAGGCAGGAGCAUAGAUGAGAGGCCCCUGUCCAGCAGCUCUUUGGUACAUGUCAAGGAGGAACCCCCCAGCCCACCUCGGAGCCCCCGGGUGGAGGAGGCCAGUCCCGGGCACCCGUCCUCUGUAGACACUCCCUUGUCCCCGACUGCCCUCAUCGACUCCAUCCUGCGGGAGAGCGAGCCUGCCCCUGCCACCUCAGCCACAGCUGUAGUCUCCACUGAAGCUAGAGGCCACACCCCCUCACCCACGCCCCCUUCUGCCUCUGAGAAGUGCCUCAGCGUAGCCUGCCUGGACAAUUUGGCUCGCACUCCACAGAUGUCUGGGGUCGCCCGCCUCUUCCCCUGCCCCUCUUCUUCCUUUCUGCAUGGCCGAGUCCAGCCAGGGAAUGAGCUCAGUGACCACCUGGAUGCCAUGGACUCCAACCUGGACAACCUGCAGACCAUGCUGACCAGCCACGGCUUCAGCGUGGACACCAGUGCCCUACUGGACCUGUUCAGCCCCUCCGUGACCAUGCCUGACAUGAGCCUGCCUGACCUUGACAGCAGCCUGGCCAGCGUGCGUAGGCGGGCAGGGUGGGGGGCAGAGGGGCCCCACAGCACCCCUCAUGGUACCUCUUCCAACCCACAGAUCCAGGAGCUCCUAUCUCCCCAGGACCCCCCCAGGCCUCUUGAGGCAGAGAACAGCAGCCCCGACUCAGGAAAGCAGCUGGUGCACUACACUGCGCAGCCCCUGUUCCUGCUGGACCCAGAUGCCGUGGACACAGGGAACAACGAGCUACCUGUGCUCUUUGAGCUUGGGGAGGGCUCCUACUUCUCCGAGGGAGAUGACUACACGGACGACCCUACAAUCUCCCUGCUGACAGGCUCUGAAGCCACCAAAGCCAAGGAUCCCACUGUCUCCUAGAGACCCCAGAAAGAAGCAGGCUAGCCGGUGCCCUGCCCCCGACCCCAGGGAAGGCACAUAGUCCUGGGGUACCCUGGAUCAGCCUCCACAGCCCCAAUAGGGGCACAGCAAAGGGACUUGGAGCUGGGCAGUGCCUCGGGUCUAGUGAGGGUCCUGGGGCCUGCACACUCACUGCCCUUGCCCCACCCUGGGAGUCCUGGUUUGGUUGGGGCUUCACAGCCACACUUUGGACUGAGAGUGCAGGUUGUUUAUAGAGUUGUAUUUUGGAUUUUUUUACAUGAGGGUUCCCCUUCCCUUUCACAGAGAAGUAUAUAGACGGAUGGACAGACAAGACUGACAGAAAUCUAUAAAUGGACAAGCUCUGUGCUGGGGUCUCCUGUUUCUUCUUGCCCUGGGGUGAUGAGGGAGGUUCAGGUGCGAGGGAGGUUCAGGUGCAAGGGAGGGGCCCAAGGUAGAGAGAUCACUGCAGGCCUGGGCUUUACUGGCCUUGGAAGUAGGUAGAAGCCCCAGAGCACAUUUUUACUCACUGCUCUUUAUUGAGGGGCCAGGGAAGGGCAGUGUGGGUGAGUUGUCAGAUGGCCCCCCUUUCCUGAGGUAUCCACUCAAGAAUGGGGACAUAAGUGGGCAUACCUGCAUAUCUUCUGACAGAAUAAAACCCUCUUCUAUACCUGUGAAA